GUCUUAAUUUAUCUAAUUCCGAAGGCAAAGUUCUUUUUCUAUGGGAUUCGGUUUUAAGUUUAACCUUUCUUGUUGGAUCUAAAAUUUUGAGCAUACUAAACCAUCUUCAUCGUUAAGGAUUGUAUUCAACUUUAUAUUGAAAUGACAAAUUUAUUAAAUGUGAAUUUUAUAAAAUAUUUUAAAAUUUAGUAUUAUUGAAUUUGUUAUUUCAUAAAUUACUUUGAAAUCUACUUCUAUUGAAAAAAAAUGAUUGUAAAUUUUAGAGUAGUUCAGGUUUUUUUAAAACUUUAAUUUGAGUAGAUUCCAUAGUUUAAAAUACCAAAAUUCAGAGAUCUCAUGUUUUUUUUUUAUAUAAAAGUUAUAUUAAAAUUUUUAAUUCACCUAAACUAAUAAAAAACUCAUUAAAAAUCAAAUCAUCCAAAUGAAUGCAGAAAGAAUGAAAAGAGAAACAAAAAAAACUCUUAACUCUGACUGAUUUUUAAGAGACUCUGGAAAUUUGCCUUCUCCAACUGGCUCACUUUUGUUUAUUCGUAAAAUUUAAUCACAAAUGUAAAGUAUAUUCAGGAUACUUAUAUUACAAUUAUGAGAAUUUUCAAGCCAGGUACGCUUUAUGCAUCUACAGUCCAGUCAUUCGAAACCUUUGUGUUUUAACCGUAUUGUAUCUGGAAAAUACUUUUAACAUCCUUUAAUUAAAUUUCUCUCUGUCCAUAGACAUAGUUAAUCUGUUCGUUUAUGUUUCAGCACUAUCUUCAUACAUCCGUUAUAACAUCUCUUUUACUAAAAUGCAUACAUAAUAUCCACCAACAAUAGAUUCAUUAAUUGACUAAUCAUCAUUAGCACAAUUCGUGGGCAAUGUCCCAUCCACUCCGCUUAAUAUAUAGUAAACUAUUCGGAGCCUUUAAAAAUAGAAGCCUUACAAGAUGACAUUAUCAUCCAUAUCCUUAAUUUGAUUUAGGAUCUUUUAUCUUUUCGGAUGCAACAAGAGAAAAAUAAUAAUACUUACAGGUAAGGGUUUGUAACAUGUCCUCCUUGAUGAUUUAAGACUGGUUUUAGAAAAAGCAUAUUUGAGAAAUUUAUUUUCCAAAUUAUCGUGCACCCCACAUUCCACCAAGUAGUCACUUAAAAAUAGUAAAAACAUUCCAAGAAUAAAUAUAUAUAAUUUCUGACCAGAUUCACUUGUUUAUGGUUAUGGACAACGAAUCAUAAUAGUUACUAAAAUAAAUCAGAUAUUUAGAAAAAAUUAAAACCAUUAACAGGAAGCAAACAAUGGUGUUCUGUAUUUGCUAAGUCUGAAAAAUCAAACACCGUUUUUGGUUAGUUUAAGUUUGUUUUUUCUCCCCAUAAUUUCCUCUUUAUUACAGGGUUAAGAAAACAAAAGAGAUUAAAAAAAAAUUCAAAAUACAGAAUUCUUCUCAUUUUUUUAUUAUUUUAAUUAAGAAGGGUCAAAGCAAUGGAGCAAGAACAAGAGAGCUACAAAUCAAGAUUGUUUCAUUUCAAGAACAUGAGCGAACACUCAGCUUCACGACGUGUUAAAAGCUGGAGCUCAGAUUGCGUCGAUACAGACAAUUUUGAUGAAGAUGACAAUGACAUGAUGAUGUUCAGAAGUCAACCCGGGAAAGCCAGUAGCGUUGACCGGCCGUCACUGCCUUUAAGCGGUGGUGCAACGCCCAACCGCAACGACAAGCUUGCCGCUCCGAGGAUGGUUUCGUACGAAUCGAUGGAGGCAUUACAAGCAGCAAUGGACCAAAUGAAAGAAAAGUUUUCAAAACUGCUUCUUGGAGAAGAUAUGUCUGGAGGAGGAAAAGGCGUUUCUUCGGCUUUGGCUUUAUCUAACGCCAUUACCAAUCUAGCAGCGUCUGCGUUUGGUGAACAGCGGCGUUUAGAGCCAAUGGCGGCUGAUAGAAAAGCGCGGUGGAGAAGGGAAAUUGGUUGGCUUAUCUCUGUGGCUGAUCAUAUAGUUGAGUUCGCUCCAACGCAACAAACAAACAAAGAUGGAACUUCAAUGGAAGUCAUGUCAACAAGACAGAGAACAGAUCUUCUCUGCAACAUUCCCGCACUUAAGAAACUAGAUGCAAUGCUCCUUGAUUGUCUUGAUAAAUUCAAGGAUCAGAACGAGUUUUAUUAUGUCAAAAAGGAUUCUCCUGAUUCUGGCGAGACAAGAAACGAUGAUAAAUGGUGGUUACCAGCGGUUAAAGUCCCACCUAAUGGCCUCUCAGAGAUAUCAAGAAGGUUUCUACAGAGCCAAAAGGAAUGUGUUAACCAAGUCCUUAAAGCUGCAAUGGCAAUAAACGCUCAAGUUCUGUCUGAAAUGGAGAUUCCUGAAACCUACCUAGAAUCACUUCCUAAGAAUGGGAGAGCUAGCUUGGGAGAUGUGAUAUACAAAAUGAUAACAGUAGAGAUGUUUGAUGCAGAUCAGUUCCUAAUUGAAAUGGAUUUAUCAUCUGAGCACAAGAUUCUUGAUCUAAAGAACAGAAUCGAAGCGUCGAUUGUGAUAUGGAAGAGGAAAAUGGUGCAGAAAGACACAAAAUCUGCCUGGGGAUCAACAGUGAGUACUGAGAAGAGAGAACAGUUUGAAGAAAGAGCUGAAACUAUCUUGCUUCUUUUGAAACUAGGGUUUCCUGGCAUCUCUCAAUCCACACUUGAUAUCACCAAGAUUCAAUGCAACAGAGAUGUAGGACUUGCUAUAUUAGAGAGUUACUCAAGAGUUCUUGAGAGUUUGGCUCACACGGUGAUGUCAAGAAUAGAAGACGUGCUAUACGCUGAUCAGCUUACUCAAGAACCUACAAAUGCAUCUAGUAAGAAUAGAUAUACUGCGAUAGAGACAGAGAAACCGAAGGAGGAAAGAAUCAGUUUCUCAGAGGAAAGGCUUUCAGGGACAUCACUCUCAGAUGUAAUGCAAUGGGGUAACAAGAACAAUGAGGUGAAGAAAGAAAGCUAUUAUGGAGGAGAUAAAGAGAAACCAUUGUUGUCUAAAGUCACAGGUAUUAUGACAACCAACAAAAAGAGUUCUUAUCUUGAAAAUCUUGGAACUAUGAGGAGUCCAACCGCAAGAUAUUCUUGAGAAAAAAAAAAUCUUGUAAAAUUAGGAUUGAAAUGCAAUUUAUUUGUCCAUGAUUCAAAUGAAAAAAGCACACCAUUGUGUUGUAGCAGACUUGAAAUGCAAAUUUUUUU